AUGAAAGCCGUGAAUGUUGCUCCCGUAACUUACAAUACUUCGAUACAAGCGUACAACCAAGAAGGUAAUAGCGAGAUGGGCAGUAGGCUUUUUGAAGAGAUGUCAAGGAAUCAAGUAAAUGCUAAUAUCGUGACUUAUAAUGCAUUGAUAUUGGGACUCUGCAAGGAGGGUAGAACAAAGAAAGCUGCAUAUCUUGUUAAAGAACUUGAUAGAAAGCGCUUUGUCCCAUAUGCCUCAACCUUUUCUACCCUUAUUGAAGGGCAGUGUGUGAAAAAGAACUCGAACCAUGCCUUUGUUAAUUAUUUUGAUUUAACUCCCGUUCUCUUGAGCCGUGUACUUGAGCUUGUUCCCGGUGAAGUGUGGGGGGUGUGUGUAUAG